AUGGCCGACAAGAUGUCGACGUACUCGCCCUUGGACGCCAAAGUCCUAAAGGUCGAGCCCAUGAAACCAGAAGAGGCCAAAUGGGUGAGGCUCAACAAGAUCACGUACAAAGAUCCAACGGGCGGAGAGCGACAGUGGGAGAUGGCGGAAAGACAGACAAGGAGAACACACACCGACACCGACGGUGUAGGUGUCAUCGCCAUACUGAACGACACGAAUGGCCAGCCAUCACUCCUGCUGCAGAAACAAUUCCGCCCGCCACUUGACAAAGUCACCAUCGAGGUCCCAAGCGGCCUGGUGGACGAAGGCGAGGAUAUUUCAACCGCCGCCCUCCGCGAGCUGAAGGAGGAGACCGGCUACAUCGCGACGAUCCCUGGCGAUGCCAAAACCGCAGAAGGUUUCAUUAUGUGGAACGACCCGGGCUUCUGCAACACGAACACGAAGAUGAUCUUCGUCGAGGUUGACAUGAGCGACCCCAGGAACCAGAAUCCUAAGCCGGAGUUGGAGGAGAACGAGUAUAUCGAGACGUUUACGUUGCCGCUCGAUGACCUGUGGGAUAGGUUGGCUAAGCUGGAUAAAGAGGGGUUUGGCAUUGAUGCCAGGGUCGCGACUCUGGCGCAGGGGAUGGAAAUGGCCAAGAAGUGGAGGUCCGUGUUGGAUAAGAAGCCGGCGUGA